AUGACACAGUCUUCACAAAUUCAUACAAAUGAUAUUGCUUGCUUUUUAUCAAACCAAAGACUGAAACAAUCUGAAAUUGCUAAAUGCUUAAAGCUUACUUGGGUACCUCCACCUGAUUUUGCAUUUCCAGAGAAGAUAGAAGGAAAGCAAAAAAGAAGGUUUUCACGUUUGGGAAAAUUGGUUACUGAACCCAUGGUGAAAUUUAAAGAUGCCAUUAAUGAAUUAAAAAACCAUGAAAAAAAGGAAUACCAUCUUCUGUCAGUACAAAGAGCAAAUGACUUUUUAAUAAAUUAUGAGAGCGGAGGUAGUAAAGCUGUUGACGUUCUUCUUGAUAAACGUAAACAACAAGUAAUUGAGAGCAAUCGAAAGAGAAUUGUACCAAUUAUAAAAACAAUUCUAUUUUGUGCAAGAAAUAAUUUGCCAUUACGUGGGCAUAGAGAAUCUGGUUUGUUGUCAUCAAGCGAAAUUAGAAGUAGUUGUUUAAAUGGCGAACAAGGAGUUUUUCGUGCACUUCUUUCGUUUCGAGUUGAAUCUGGCGAUACAGCACUUCUAAACCACAUUGAAACUUCACCAAAAAAUUGUACAAUGAUCAGCUCUAGAAUACAGAAUGAAAUCAUAGUUGCGGUUGGAGAUGUGAUAGUAGGAAAAAUAGUAGAACGAAUCAAAAAAUGUAAAUUUUUUAUCAAUAUUGGUGGAUGA